UGAUCUGUUUCCUUUGUCAACCUUAUCCCAACUUGCGCAUAAUCCUCUCUUUUAAUAUUUUUAUUCUUCUUGGCUUUUAUCAUGUUCCUGGACUGGAUAGCUCAACUUCGUCUUUUACAGCAUGAUACACAAACCAAUAUUCUUGGUUCUCUCCCGCUCUCUAUUCGAAGAGUACUCAUAUCAGAGAUCACAACUUAUUUACACCCGCCUCCAGGCAAACAAGCACCCGAUCCCUCCAUCUUUUGUUCGCCUGCCCAUAUAAAAUGGUUCAUGGAAGUUAUUGGACAGGGCUUCAAUUUGCCAUUAGAGGACAUGGCCAUCACCAAUGAUGAUGUCGAAAUCUAUUCUCGAUGGCUAUUUGAGCCACAAACGCGUCCUGCUGCUGUCAUGAAAGAAGGGCUAGAGCAAGAGUUUUAUCAGAUCAUCUUUCAUCAAUUCUCUCUUUUGUUUCAGCCUCGUAUUGCUCGAAACAGCAUUGUACCAACACAAGAUAAAAGCCAUUUACUGCCACCUAAACCAAGCAGUUCUUUCCAUAUUAACAUGUUACCUGUAGGUGCUCAUAGUACUAUUGUACCCAUCACAUUUAAUCCACCCACAAGUUCCUCUACACCCACAUCUAAUACGAAUGCAAAUUCAGGCACCACCAAUGCAGCUUCAACAGCCACAUCAGGAUUACAAUCCAAUCCCAACAAUUCAAAUUCUCAAGCAACGCUCAAGGAGACAUUAUCCCAAUUAGUUCAAAGACAUAUUGAGCUAUGCAAAAAAUCGCUACGAGUGUUUGCCAUGGCAGGAAGAACACUGAAGAUGUCAACAGAUACAUGGAGCGUCUUAUUAAAAGUCAUGCUGGGCAUUACUGAUUAUUUACUCAAGGAACCAACAGGAGAAUCCUCUACGAUGGGCGUGAUGAAUAUGGGGGACGAGUUAUGUGACAGUCUUUUACAAGUCUUGUUUGAACUCUGGUUAAGAUCAAACACAAUGGACGUAGAAAUGUGGGAUAUCCUCAAAAGCUGCUUUGGUCGCUGGAUUCAUCGUCCUAAAGCUAUUCAACAAUGGAGUUCGACUUCACUUGCAAUCACAAAACGAAUUCAACACCUUGUGUACGGAGACCAAGAGAAUGCAGAAGGCGUCUUUGUGAGUGGCCCUAAUGUCAAGCUUGAUUUGCCUAAUGAAUUCACUUAUUACGCAUGGCAUCGUAUCAUUUAUCUUAUUCCUCAUCCACUACAACUCCCAAGCCAUAAUUUUACACUGGCCAUGUUAGGCAUUGGCAAUCUUGUGGAUACGCUCAAUUCUGCUAUAGAAACUACAGAUACCAUGGCUUCUCCUGAUGGCAACACACUUUUAAACAUGUUUGGUACCUAUCUAUUUGAUGCUGCCUCUAAAUCCAACCAGGCAGAUACAGAAGCUCAACGUGGAUGUGCAGAAUCAUUAGCCACACUUUGCAGAAUAUUCUGUAAACCUCAGAGACGACAACCCUUUUUGCGGACGUAUAUUGAACGCUUUUAUGCUGCAUUGAUGACAGGUCUAAAGUCAGAAGCAUGUUUGCCCACCAUUUUGCUUUCAUGUACUGAGUUAUUUGCUACUGAUCUUGAAGGUGUCAGAAUGCUGGUGCCUGACUUUAUUUCAGCCAUCAAAAUGGUCCUUCCCAAACUGACUUUUGAGUACAAAACAAACGUUUCGGUUGAUAAUUUGCGCUUGGCUGCCAUCAAAGUGUUAAGUACAAUUAUGUGCUUACCAAAUCAUUUUGACAAGGUGGAAUUGGCUAAAUCAAGCUGGGAUUCUUCAGACGUGUCUUUGGAAAGUGUUUCCGUGGUAGGUGAACAGGAACAAUUAGUUACACAGCUGAUUCGUGUGUUGUAUGCUUCACCUGCAGAGGGAAAUUCAGAUAAGCCAUGUCUAUCUCUUAAAUUUUAUAUUUUGGAAGUUUUGCUCAAGUCACUUCGAACAGAGACUUCUUCUUACAAUAUGAGAUAUAUUUUACAUCUCAUUAAUGUCUAUGUGAUUGAAGAUGUUCCUUUCUGUCCAGGACUUGUUGGUACAGUAGUCAAAUUAAUUCAAGAAAAGAUCUUGACGAUGCAAUUGCCUGCCGAUGUCACUUUGGUAGCCUUUGAUGUACUUAUGGAUUUUGUAGACUUGUAUGAUUUUGUAAAAAGAGACAGCAAGAAUGUUGCCAGGGAACUUGUGUUGGCUUUAAGCCGCUAUGUAGACACACUCAUUACUGCUGGCAAACUAGCACAGACAUAUCCAUUGAUUGUUCAAGCCUAUGAUUGUAUGAUCAAAUGGAUUCUUAUUAGCCAAUGGAUCAUUGAUGACCGAGAUUGCUAUAAAGCCGUGAUUGCAACUCUUAGCAAAGGUAUCACUAUUUUUGACCGAGAAGCAGCCAACCUAGCCGCACCUACUGAACCUGUCAAUGUCGAAAAGAAAAAAAGACGAGAAACAGGUUUCCCUCCUACAAAACAAUUGUUUCAAUUACCACCUCGCGUCAACAAAACGUCACAUCAUCAUACAGAUCAAACGCAACAGCCUUCAUCAAGUAAUCCAAACUCACGCAAUAGUUCUGCAGUGAGAAAAAAGGAAGAAGUGGCUGUGCGUAUGGCAGCUGAAUACUGCAUGUCACAAUUUGUAAAUCAUUUAGGCCAGUUUAUUUCACCUGAUAACAAAAAGAUUUUAGAAGAAAGUAUAGACGAUGUGGCUCAAUUGAAACAGCUACUGGCUUCUGAAGAAGCAGAAUACUCUAUUCGCUCCUUUCUGAUUGAUAAGCGUACUGUGCUUACUUUGAUUGAUACGACAAAGACAUCUGAUGAUAAUGUACCUGCCAUUACCGUGAUUAUCCGAGACACUACAGGUAAAUAUGUAUGGUCUAUGGAAGCCAGAUAUAAGGAACAUGUGCCUCAAAACAUCCAUACGGCAUCACUACCACCAUCGACAACACAGCAGUCAUUGGGUGACAAUGUAUUUUUAAAGCCUGCUGAGGCUAGAAAGAUACAAAAGCCAGUAACUGUGCCUACAGCUACUGCAGUCAAUGAAAAAGAACUCCCUUCACUGGAUAAAGUAUUUGUGCCUGAAUCUGAAUCAUGGCAGCAAUGGGAAGCAUUGAAAUCCUUAAUUGAUCGACAAUUGAUGAAUGACACAAGAAAGACAGAAUCCAAAUUCUUACAUGAAUACCAAAUAUCACCUACUCGUUUUAAUAUUGAUACCGACACACCUAGAGGAUUCCGACUGUUUCUUUCACAGAUUGGAUUCUUGUUACCCGAGAAUAGACAUCAUAUCACACCUUUGCAUUUAACAGAUUCAGUGAUUACUGAAAUGGAAACAUUAGACAUGUUAAAUGAACGCGACUGUAUCUCUAUUUCUGCUUAUUAUGCAGUGUCGGGCAAUGUAAAUCUAGAAGAACUGAUCGAGACACCACCACCACUUAGCCAGCAAUUUUUACAAUUCAUGAACUGUCUUGGUUGGCCAGUCGAUAUAGCUGAACACAAAGGCUACAAAGGAAAGCUCGAUGCCACUAUUUGUGCCAAAAUGCCAUAUUAUUCAGAUCGUACAGUAGAAUUCGUGGUCAAUGUACCUUAUUUCCUCAAAUCAUCACCUUCAUCAGAACAAACACUGUCUGAAAUUUAUCAACGCGUUUCUUCUGAUGAUCAUGUAUGUGUUGUAUGGAUAGAAGAUGUGACAGAAUACAAAAAACUGGCCAAAUUGAUCAAGACGUCUAGCGCAACACAAUCUAAGACAAUGGUCUAUAUUUUUAUCAGCCCAUUAAAACAUAGUGCCGAUAGUUUGUAUUGGGUCAGAAUUUUAGUGCCUUCGUUCGAUACUACACCACAAGCCUUAUUAGCAAGCCAACGACUAAAUGAAAAUGCAUUGAUAGAUUUUGGACCUUUGGUGGACGGUAUUGUUGUAAGUCGACAUGCUUUAGGUUCUAUGGUGAGAAGCACAUCUAUUUCAGCACAUCAAGCAUGUCGUGUGGUGACAGACACUUAUACAAGACCUUAUGUAAUUCGAAGAGAAUACAUUGAAGAAAUGGCACAUCGCCAUAGGGUGAAACUGCCAUUAUCAGAAUUUUACACUGAUGUGUUUACUGAAAAGACAAAUUAGAAUUCGGUUAAUUAUGCAUGCGAAACUUUUUUUUAGACUUUGCAUAAUUUCACUUUAAGAAAAGUAUAUCCAUUUUUGAAAUAAUCGCUGAAUGAUAAUUCCAUUGUUUCAAGUGUUAUCUAUACUUGGCUUUCUGUCAUUUUCCCGACCCUUCUGAAAAAAGCCUUCAAAUCGUAUGUGUACAUUCAUUUCAACAAGUAAAAAUGAUAGUCAGAUUGACUGGUUAGAUUGGUGAUGUGUACGAGCACGUCCUUAUGCUAUAAAAUAAGAACUUUACAUAUAACUAUUUUAGAAGCAGAAAUAUUUGCUUGAGUAUUGCAUGAGAAUUGCAUAAGCCUAUUGAAUAUUUAUUCUGACACUUUUCUGCAAGAUUUUCUACUUUUUCUAAAAAAAAAAAAAUGUGCCAAAACU